GCCAGCCCUCGGGGCAUGCUCAGCUUUGAUUGGUCGAGGCUUGGCCACGCCCCCGCCGAGGCCUCUCCCGGCGCAGGCGCGCACGCUGCGGCCGGUCGACUCACUGCUGCCUUCAUGGCCGAUCUGGAGCUGCUCGGCGCUCAGCAGUCGCCCGCGCCCGCCGAUAACGGGGUGAUGGACGGCGCCGAGGAGGACCCCGCCGCCGCCUUCCUGGCGCAGCAGGAGAACGAGAUCGCGGGAAUCGAGAACGACGAGGGUUACGGCAUCCUGGAGAGCGGCGAGGUGCCUGCGGGGCUGCAGCCUCCGGAGGGCCUCGGAUCCGGUGCUGUUGAUGGAGUGGUUAAUGGAGAUGUCUAUCAGGAGAGCAAUGGUCCAACAGAUUCCUAUGCUGCCAUAUCCCAAGUAGAUCGCCUGCAAUCGGAACCGGAGAGUAUUCGUAAGUGGAGAGAGGAGCAAAAGGAGCGCCUGGAGCAACUUGAUGCGAACUCGCGAAAGCAGGAAGCAGAAUGGAAAGAGAAAGCAAUAAAGGAGUUGCAGGAGUGGUAUGCAAGGCAAGAUGAAAAGCUCCAGAAAACAAAAGCAAGCAACAGGGUAGCAGAUGAAGCUUUCUACAAACAACCCUUCGCUGACGUGAUUGGUUAUGUCACAAACAUAAAUCAUCCUUGCUACAGCCUAGAACAGGCAGCUGAAGAAGCCUUUGUGAAUGAUGCAGAAGAAAUUUUUCCAGGCACUGAGUGGGAACGUGUGGCUCAGCUCUGUGACUUUAAUCCCAAGUCUAGUAAGCAGGCAAAAGAUGUGUCCCGUAUGCGUUCAGUCCUCAUCUCACUCAAGCAGGCUCCGCUGGUUCGCUGAAGGAAAGCACAAUGGAAGUACUACAAAUGCAAUAUAUUAACCUUACUCAGAGAAGCUAUGUUUGCAGUAAUUGGAUUAAUUGUUUCAAUGUUUUUUUGGACCAAACCUCAUGAUGUAUCUAGAGCUGAUCGUUGUUUGGUUGCAUGUUCUUCCUCAAGUUUCCUUUCUGUGUCUGAAAUGGGAGAACCUCCAAAACUGUAGUCUGUGUGCUGUUGUGCACAGAGAUGUCACUUGCCAUGUUACUGAUAUUAAAGAUCUGUUAAACAGCAAAAUGUGUUGACUUUGGAUGAAUUAAGAAGCUCUCCUGCUCCUUUUUGACAAGAGGUGUUUGCAUUGAGUGUGAGCAAACAUUUCUCUUAAUAGUGAUUUCACCUUGCUGAUGACUGACCAGUCAGCUGUGCUCCUGGUCUCUGAGAGGCUGUCCUGCUUGUCUCCAUAAGCUUUCUUAAAGCUCUUGAGAGCUUUAGUUUAAAAACUGCUUCCCUAUCCAAUUUAUCAUCCAAGAUAAGACACUCAAGGAAACUGGAGCAGUGGGCUUGUUAAGAAGCUUAUCUCACCAGGUAGGCAGUUCUCUGUGGUUUUCUGCUGUUGCUCCACCUGUAUAUCUUAGGGUAAAAAUACAGUAGAGGGCACAGAGUUGCUGGAGCCUUCGAUAUUCUACUGCAUAUUUUGUUCUGCUGUGUAUUCAACAUGGGAUUAAUAUGCAAAGUCCGGUUGUGCAGAGACUCUGGGUGUUUUUGAAGUAUGUCCUUGUCUUUACUGACUCUUGCAGACUCUUUCUUCCACCAGCAUGGUGGACUAGAGAUCAAGGGCAAGGAAGAGCUGCUCUUAACUGCUGUUCACCUUCUGAGUUGGAGCUCUGUCUGCCAAGAUGGCUGAAUUUGAAACAAACUGAUCCAGCAAAUCUCUGUUCUGCUGCUUCCUUGGCUCUCUAAUCUCACUCAGCAUGCACAGGGGCCUUGCUCUUGUAAGAUUUACCUUAGCUGUCUUGUAACAAUGUUUCAUACGUUAUUUCACCAUUUUUAUCAAAUAUCUUAACUAAUGUGUAGCAGAAUUGCUUCAAUACCCAUUGUGUAGAAGCUGGAAGGCUAGGCCAGACAGUUUGAAGAGGGCUGCAGGUGCAAAUUAAAAUUUAUUAAUGUCCAGGGAGUUGCUGCAUGGCACCUGUCUUAGUAGCAGCUGUGUCCCUUUGGUGGAUAAGAUAUUUAAUAAAUAGUUGCCAGUUAGGGUUAAGUAGUUAAGCUAUACCUUACUGUUUUCUAUUAACUGGAGCUAUUCUCAAGUUUCCAAAUGCAUUCACAAGCUACUGCUGAGCGGUGAUGAAAAUCACUGUAGACUAUAGGUCUGGAAACUUAAUUCCAUGGAAGAUGGAAGCAGGAAGAUAUUUUCUGAACUGCAGAGGGAUGCCACAGGUGAGUUCAAUAUGACUGAAGCACAGAGCAAAUAUAUAGAAUACUGAUACUCAGUGCUACCCUUGACUAAUUGUACUUUCAUCUGGACUGAAAACUUCCUUCCUUCUACUCACCCAAAAGCUCUAAAAAAAAAGGCUUCUAAGAUGAAUUGGUAACUUAAUAAAGACAACACCACGUAUAAAAAUUACAAGAUUUAAAAUGUUAAUUGAAUUUACUGACUUUGAAAGACCAGCAGAGUAGAAGGCUUCCAGCACACUGGAACUGAUAAAACAGCAGAUGGUCCUCAGUCAUAGGAUGUUUUAUCUGUUAAGGGCAUGGCUUUGAGCUGGAAUCCCAGAAAAUGGGUAAAGUCUCUCACAUUCAAGGCCAAAGCAGUAUUAUAGAAGUUAAAGCAAUGUCUUACAAGAUGAGUUGACAGGGCUAACUGUGUCUGCAGGAUUUUUUUGCAUAUACCAUCUAGCUGGAACAGCAUUUCUCUUGGAUUUGGUUACCUCCUAGCUCUUAUGCUGAGAUUUUGUAGAUUCUUUUGCCUUGAUUUUAUAUUCAAUUAGGCUAACUUACUGUCUUACUCCUACGCGUGUCAGUGCUGUCAGAUUCACAGAAAGGCUGAGGUUUGAAGGGACCUCUUGAGGUCAUAUUGUCCAACCUCUGUGUUCAAGCAGCGCCACCUAAAGCCAGGUACCCAGGACCGUGUCCAGGCAGCUUUUGAAGAUCUCCAGGAAGGGAGACUACCACCUCUCUGGGAAAUAUGUGCCAGUGCUUGGUCACCUUCUUGAUGAAAAAGUAUUUCCUGAUGUUCACAAGGAAACUUCUGUGUUUCACUCUGCCUGUAGCCUCUUGCUCUGUAAGUGGGCCCUACAGAAAAGAGCCUGGCUCUUUCAUCUUUGCACACGCCUUCUAGAUAUUUGUACACAUCGAUGAGGUCCCCCUGAGCCUUGUCUUUUCCAGACUGGAGAGUCACAACUCUCUUUCCUCAUAGGAGAGAUGCUUUAGUUGCUUAAUCAUCUUUGUGACCCUUCAUUGAGCUUUUUCCAGUAUGUCCAUGUCUCUUAUACUGGGGAGCCGAGAAGUGGACCCAGCAUUCCAAAUGUGGCCUCACCAGUGCUCUGUUCAGACUUUCUGUGUCCAAGAAUUAUUUUAGAUACUUAAACCUUGUGACACUGAGCGAAAGGGUACUGAGCUUUAUGUGGGCAAAUCUGAGCCCUUAUGUGUGCUUCUGAACAUUGACUUGUUUCCUUCAGAGGUCAGCAUCUGUGACUUUAUUUUGUGACUUAACAUGACAAUUCUGUGCUAUAUGUGGCCUAUUUCAAAUCAUAGAAUGCUUUGGAUUGGAAGGGCCCUUUACAGGUCAUCUAGUGCAACCCUUCUGAAGUAAGCAGGGACAUCUUCAAACAGAUCAGGUUGCUCAGAUCUCCAUCCAACCAGACAUGGAAUAUUUCUGGGGGUGGGGCCUGCAUUUUGUUCCUGGGCAACCUAUUCCAGUGUUUCACUACCCUCAUUGUAAAAAGUUUCUAUAUAUCCAGUCUAAACCUACCCUCCCUUAGUUUAAGACCAUUACGCCUUGUCCUGUUGCAAUAGGCCUUGCUAAAUGUCUGUCCCUAUAGCCCCCUUUAAGCACUGGAAGGCUGCUGUAAGGUCUCCUGGCUUGUGUGUUGAAUGUACUCAUUCCUUUGUUUUGUGGCCUUCCCACUGUUGCUGGUUAUCUCCAUAGCAUGCAGCUGAUACAGAAACAUGAGUCAGUCAGUGGAAUCUGGAAAGAGCCUUCCUAUUCUUCAAACAAAACCCCAGGUGCAUGUGCACAAAGAUUUCAUGUAGCACUGAGAGAGAAGCUGGAGGCUUUGACUGAAUAUAUAGAACUUCCUUUGUUUAGCUUGUGAUCCUGUGGCAGCCAGCCAGUCUGAAAUGAUAAUGAGCAUUUGUAGAGAAGAAGGGGGAUGGAAAAGUCACAGGUUCAUUACAGAAUCGCAUCACGGGGUUGAAAAAGACCUCCAGGAUCGAGUCCAACCAUUCCUAUCAACCACUAAACCAUGUCCCUGAGCAUCUCAUCCACCCAUCUUUUAAAUACCGUCAGGGAUUCUGACUCAACCCCCUCCCUGGGCAGCUUCUGCCAGUGCCCCAUGACCCUUUUUGUGAACAUUUUUUUUCUGAUGUUCAGCCUGAAACUCCCCUGGUACAGCUUGAGGCCAUUCCCUCUUGUCCUGUCCCUGAAAACAGGGAGCCUGAAGAGGACAAUGCUGUGCCUUUAUCCUUUUAACAUGAGGAACACGGGUACAGUUUUUAGUAGCCAUAAAUCAACAUGCUAUGGCUUGCCUGUUACUUGCUGAUGCUUUUUUCUGGCAAAGAGGGAAAAUGUAUUGAUUCUGGCUUGUAGUUUAGAAUAGCUAAGUGUGUCUGGUUUUGCCAGGAGAGAUUUCCUCCAGUAGCAGCUGUCAAGUCGGGAAGCUUGUUCCCCUGCAGAACAGUAGUCCUGCAGCACCACGCUGUGGUACUGCUGCACCAGAUCUGCGGGAAACUCUGAUCUUACAAGGUUGCUGACAACUCAGACUUUUGUGGUCUGACUUUGUAGGGGAUGAUCCAUUUGUGCUUGCUGUCUUCUAGUCCAAGAAAGGUAGGGCUACUCAAUGCUGUUCAGUGAGCCAGUGUUCCAUUACAUCUUCCAUCAGUAACAGUUUUCACUGACAGUUAUGUAUGAUUAGUGUUGCAAUGCUUUUGGCUACAGUUACAAGCAAACAUUUAAUUUCUUGCUUCAUGGGGCCAUUUAGAGGUCACAGCUGGUUACUAUGUGCAGAAAUUUUACCUGGCUCCAGGUGCAAGGUAUGGACAAGGUAAAAUCUUGCUAGGUUUCUAAAAAGUGCUGUAUUCAUACUUAUCACAGGUUUGUGAAAUUUAAGUUAAUAAUAAAGAAAAAAAAUGGGAUAGUUCUUAAAAAAUUUACGUUUUUUAGUUGUUAUUAAAACACAUUGUGCCCACAGUCCAAAACAUCUGCUUUCAGAUUAUUAAAUAAGCAUAGCUUGGUGCCAGACUAAAGCAAGUGUACUAAACACAUGGCUUUAGCACCUACAUGUCAGCUGCCAAAGCACUAGAUCUAAUGUGCCUUUGAUAAACUGUUUCCCAAACACAAUAAUCUGGAAUAGUCCAAGAGCAUAUGGUCCAAGUGCUUUACCAAGUGCUUUUACUCAUGCCUGCAAACUCUCCACAGCAUUCAAAGGAAACACAGUGAUCAACUGUCCUUGAUGCAGAUUAAAUCAGAGAUUAAACUUUGUCUGCACCUUACUGUCUGAUGCGUUUCUGUGAAAUAAACUUGACAGCUUCUCCAUUCGCAGUAUGUCCUGACAAUUUUCACACACUUAAAUGGAGGAAGGACAACGCUUCAAGACCACUAGAAGGAUGAGGCAUUUGUUAAUUUUGACUGGAUGGUAGAUCAAAGACUUAAAAUACAGAAUCAACUUGCUGCUUAGACCAAAAUAACAUUCCAAACCUUGAUGCUUUACUGAUUAGCUAUGUAGCUUGCAAAACAACAGCAGUGCAGGUAAUGAGACGGCACUGCUUUAGACUCUGAAAUACUGGUAAUAGCUGGGGAGUGUUCAGCUGUUGUCUUGUACUUUUGCUUCCCUUCCUCCCCCCCUGUAAUGGAUGUAAAGGCUGGUUUGCCCUCACUAGAGCCCGUGACUUAUAGUAUGGGGCUGCUCUAAAGGACAUAGAGCCAGCAUCAAGUAAUGCAGCAACACAGUACUGCAGAUGGGCUGUGAACAUCUGAUGUUUGCCCCCCCUAGGACUGGAAACAAGUGUGAGCUAGUGUCCAUGAAACCUCUGGUCUACACUAAAGUUGCCUGAAGUACAAGGAAGGAGAAACAACAAAGAAAAUCACUAUUGUACUAUUAAAUAUGACUUUUUAUUCAUUUUGAUUUUAUAAACCACAAACUUAUCAGGGAAAACUGCAAGGAUUUCUGCAUCACUUGCAUAUAUGCAGCAGGUUCUUGUCCACUUGACAGAAAAAACCCCCACAUUUUCAAAAGCAUUCAAAGAACCAUUUUUGUAACAGUACUAGACAGUAAAGGUAGUCAGAGUGAAACUGUUCAAAUGUGUUUUAGUCUUUCCUGUUUUCUCUAUGCCUGCACCCUCCCUUUAGCUGCUAGGGAAAAAUGUAGCUGAAUCCGAGAUAUCAAAAAUUUCCUUGCUUCAGGAGAUCUGGAAAGCAAAAGCUUGGUCCCAGUUUUAGUCAAGCAUUCCUUAUGUUGCCAGUGGAUGUAAAGACCAAACGACAGGGUGCUUCUCAUUUAGAAACCUCAAUACUGUUACUCAUUACCUGAUCUACUACCACCACAGAGCAAAGCUAAUCUCUCCACGGAGCUACAGCUGUGGUAUCGUGCUUAACUAGGAACCACCAAGUAAACCAAAUGGUUAAAACCCACUAUUUGCUGGUUCCAAGAAAUGCUAUGGUAGAGACGCUGCAGUUACUCCUGGAGACUGGGUGGUUUUUUUGAAGUCUGCUAUGAAGACGUGAUUUCUCAGUAAGCAUUCCUUGCAGAAGAGAGGAUGAAGUGCAGGUAAC